AUGUACGUGGCCCUGAUCACUGGGUCGAGUUCGGGCAUCGGCGCGGCCACAGCCAUACUGUUUGCCAAAUCGGGAGCCAAUGUUGUGGUGACGGGACGUAACGCCGGGCGAGUGUCAGAAGUGGCCAAACAGUGUCUCGACGUAUCGCCCGAUGGCUUGAAAGCGCUGGAAGUGGUGGCAGACGUGACCAGUGAUGAGGAUCUCCAACGACUGGUCGACACAACUAUCACUAAUUUUGGCAAAAUAGAUGUUGUGGUGAAUAACGCGGCCAUCGGUUUGAUGACAGCUAUCGGUGAAACAGAUUUCAUGGAUAACUACAGACAGAAACCCAAGUUAUCUGCUAUAUGUAUGUCAAAGUCAGCGGUGGAUGCGUUCACCAAAUGUAUUGCCGCAGAGUUGGGACCCAAAGGCAUACGCGUUAAUAGUAUUGUUCCUGGUACUGUCAAAACGCAACUGCCUCAGGAGUUUUACGAUCGUGUGGCCAAACUGUAUCCGGUCGGCCGAUGCGGCGAUGUGUCAGACAUCGCACACGCGGUCUUGUAUUUGGCUUCAGACGGGUCUUCAUUCAUGACCGGUACGGCUCUGGUGGCCGACGGCGGACAUCUGGCCGCUGGUGUUAACUAA